ACGCGGUUCCUUCAUUGGAGGAUAUAUGUGUCAGAUGGAUAACUAAAAAUCUGAACCAAGUAAUUACAAAAUGUUCAGAUUGCAUUGAACCUAAAUAUGUCUGGCGCUUCCCUUACCCGGACUGUCGUAUCGUGGCACGACCAGCUGAGAAAAUUCUUCUUAAAUUAUGCAAGAGGCAGAUUUUGCGGGAUGAUUAUCUCAGUCUAUUCUCUGUAAAAUAUGUUGACCUUGUCUCACCUGUUCUUCGUGACGUCUCCGUCAGCCCAUCCACCUUGCGUGUUCUGCGUGACUUUAAGCUUUACAACUUGACAGCAACCAGUUUGAAGCAGACAAGUCUCAACAGCCUUAUCAGUUGCUUGAGUGAAGCUUCAGCGGAAAGUUUGGUGUCACUUAAUGUGACGAAUACUGCUAUUGAAGAAAAUAAGCUGCCUGUGAUCAUCUCUCUGGGCCGCCUUAAAAACCUUCAAGCUCUAAAUGUUAGUCGAACAAAAUUUACCACAGAGUGUCUACAAAACGCCGUCAAACUUCUUCCUCGCCUUCGGUAUCUUAACAUCUCACGGACAAACAUUAACAAUAUAUCCGCUCUGUUGGAUCUGCGGGACACUCUCACAGGGCUUAUUAUGCACAGACUCAAUUUGGACAGCAGGCAAGUCCUCGAACGGGUCCUGUCAACAGUGCUUGAAUUGAAAGAACUGCGAGUGCUUGAUGUCUCAUCGGCUUCGGAUAGGGACAAGCCCCGUCUUCCUGCAGUCGAUCGUUUGUGUGCGCCCGGAGCCCUUCCUCACCUGACUCACUUUGAUAUUUGCGGAAAUCAGUUUAGCCUGAAAUUGAGUGAUGUCAGAAAUUUCAUCGCGAAUCACCCAAAUCUUGAGUUUCUCGGUCUCGCAGCAUGGCCAUCUCGUCAAAAUCAUGAAUUGGAGGGUAUCUACCAGCUUUCUUUGAAGUAUCCAAACAUCACGAUGCUUGGUGAUCGAGGUGAGAAACCUCUUUUGAAUACACUGACAAGGAACAAGGACCGUCGGAUUUAUCUUCAAAACGCAUUUCACAACAUUUUUGAGGAAACAAUCUCGCGAGAAUGGCUGAAUCCCGACCUUCUGGCUGCCGUGUUGCGAGUAAUGAGACUGCAUAUGAACAAGCAGGAUAUGAUUCUGGCGGGUACGGCAGUCGUCUAUAACCUAACUCGAGGUGAGCAAUCAGCGUAUCUCCCACUAGAACUGCUCAACCGAGCUGUCAGCAUCACUCUCAUGUCCAUUGAACAUCAUCAGGGACAGGUGCAGUUGUUGAAGAACUGUUUUCUCACUUUAUGCAGUGACAAUGUCCUUCACAGAGCUCAAUUCAGUUGCAAACGGUGUUGCGAAUUGGUGUUCAGAAGUCUCAUCAAGUUCAAUGAUAUUCACAUGAAACGUAUGGGUGUAGCAAUCAUCUCCAUCCUAGCUGCU